CUAAACCUCACGCAGCACGCACACACAAAGUGUCGACUGGUGACUGCUGCGCCAUGUCUCUGGAUUCCCACAUCGAGAAGGUCAUAUGGAGCCAGGACCAGAUACUCCGGCGGGUGGCGGAGCUUGCUUCUCAAAUAACCGACGAUUUCAAGGAUUAUUCUCAGCCUCCGGUCGUCGUGGGUGUGGCCACCGGUGCUUUUCUGUUCUUGGCUGAUCUUGUCAGGGGAAUUCAACUACCUGUAUCCGUUGAUUUGGUUCGAGCCGAGUCCUAUGGUUCCGGCACCUUGUCCAGUGGUUCCCCCACCAUUUCACUCGACUUGAAGCUCGACGUCAGGGGCAAGCACAUAAUCCUGGUUGAAGAUAUUGUAGAUACAGGAAACACCUUAUCCUGUCUCAUUUCACAUUUGGAGUCAAAGGGAGCAUCCUCUAUAUCAGUUUGCACUUUUCUUGAUAAACCAUCAAGGCGGAAGGUUCAUUUUCAGUUAGUUGGUGAAGGAAAGUUCUACAGAGGAUUCGAGUGUCCAGACUAUUUCGUUGUGGGGUAUGGAAUGGACUUUGCAGAACUCUACAGGAACCUGCCUUAUGUUGGUGUCCUGAAGCCUGAACACUACAGCUGAUUUCUUCAUCCUAGGGAAAUACACGCACAGCAAUAACAUAGUAAUUUGACCUCACAAGAAUCACAACAAUUUGUGCACCCCAGCAUUUAGUGUUUCCGUUCUUGCUUUAGAAAGCAAACUCUGAUAUACAUGCUUGCAUCUUCAUUUUUUAGGAUUAUAUGAUGAUACUUGUCUGUUUGGGAAGGGGCCAUAAGUGAUGCACACAGUGAUGUUUAAAUAAAUUUAGUCUGUUGUCAUUCAAUCUAAUGAAAAGAACAGACAAAUUUAUUAGAACUUUGGCAAUCAUAUGAAAGAAACCAGGGGAAGAAAUUGCAUGCUAUAUCUAUUUCUUGUUUUCUCAUUCAAAGAUCCCUCUGGUGCUGUUUGAGUAGAAUUUUUCUAGAAGGUGCUAUAACAUGAAAUCGUGUACAAUUAUCAUUGCAACUUUGACAAAUGGUAAGUUUUAUUAAAUUUGAAAGUCUACU